AUGGGAUCACACCCAUUCAAUUUAUUUUACUGCGCUAAUCGCGCAUUCAUUACCUUACACAGAUUCGGGACUUUUUGGUACCAUUCUCAUCACCAAAAUUUGAUGGCAGAUGGGAUAAACGGCCCUAUGAUUAUCCAUUCGCCAAAAGAUCCGCUCAAAAGAUCCGUUGAUUUCGAUGAAGAUGUGGUCCUAAUGCUGAGCGAUUGGUAUCACAACACUUCGAGCGAUAUCGUCCGCGAGAUGCUUAGCGAAGCAGGCCACAUUGGAACUGCAGCUGCACCCGGCGCAAACUCCGCACUGAUCAAUGGAGUCGGUGAAUGGAAUUGCUCCCUAGCAACUACUACUCAACAAUGCAAACAGGUUACAUCCCCGCCCGAAUUCACCAUCACUGCUGGCCAAAGGAUCAGAUUCCGCCUGAUAAACGCCGGCGUUCAUGCCAUGUUUUUUUAUUCAGUCGAUGAACACAUGCUGAACAUAACCGAAGCUGAUAGCACACCAGUUUAUGGACCUUCCGACUUUCGACAUGUUUGGCUUCAUAAUGGACAAAGAUAUUCAGUAAUAAUUCAAACAAAGGAAAAAGAUGCAGGCAGAAACUUUCACAUGAGGGCUACGAUGGACUCAGAUUGCUGGUCCUGGGUUCCGAACGACAUCCAAGACACCGCCUUUGGAGUUCUAAGAGUAGUAAAUGACAAUGCUAAACCUGUCAAGAUUUCCAAAGCUCUCCCGAAUACGCGUGGUUGGCCACAAGAUUUCCCGCAAGAAUGCCUUGACAUCGACCCCAAAAUCAUGGUCCCUAUUGUGAAACGCAGUGUCCCCGCCUCAGUCGUUGGUUCAGGACGCUUUGAGGCUGGUUUUGGAUUCCAAUUCAUCAAUAAUACUCAGGAACACCUCUCACGAAGUGACGCAGUCAAAAUAGCCGAGGAACUGAAUCUUGACUGGACCCGUGACCAAAAUCUACGAGAGAAGAAAAAAUUCGUUACCCCAAGCCAGCCAGUCGCGCGCUCUGCGGACAGCAAGAGUGCUGCUGAAGAUCGAAACGGCAGCCACGUAAUUCCUCGCAGAUCCGGCUCCGGCAGGGGAGAAACGCAUCAGGAGAAAUCGUCUCCACUUCGUGCUCUGUCCAAUAAAAGGCAAGUGGAAAUUACCCAUGAGAUUCCGCCGCCCUUUGGAUAUAGACCCAGUCUUCUAGGAGUCACAAGGCUGGCAGGGCCUCCCCCGACCCCGGUAGGAACGAUAGGCAAAUAUUUUAUGAAUAAUAUCUCUUGGGCGACAUAUCCAUACCAACCUGUUCUCCAUGAUCUGACACCCGGAGGCGUCGGCACAAUUAAUAGUUCACGAGUUGCGAAUGUUAUUUUUCCAACUCCGGAAUGGUAUGAUCUAUAUCUGGUCAACGUAGAUGCUACGGGAAGUCACCCUUACCACUUGCACGCGAUGGAUAUGCACAUAGUUGCUUUUGGAAGAGGAUUUCCCACAGCAGAAAGACUUUCACAACUUGAGUACAAUACUGACAAUCCUCUGCGGAGGGAUACUGUUGUUGUACCUCCGGCUUCAUUCGUGGUCAUUCGAAUCCUUGCUGAUAUCCCGGGUGCUUGGAUCAUGCACUGUCACAUCGGCUGGCACAUAGCUGGCGGAUUUGCCGGGAUCGUAGUGGUCCAGCCAGAUGCGGUCAGGCGGUUCGAAAUCCCGGAGGAGAGCAUAGCUCUUUGUGAUUCUCGAACAGAACCAAUGGACGCAAUCGAGCCGGGAGCCUGA